AUGAGUUUUGUACAGCAGUUCCAACAGGCACAACAAGAAAGGUCAGAGGCAAAAUGUCACCAUCUCCAGUAUGGCUACUGGAAGGAGAAUGAGAAGGCCAACAGCUCCCUGGCUGAAUGUCAGCACCAGCUUGCAAUGCAGCAUGAGCAGUAUGCCAAUGAGGAAGCUAUGGUGGCUCAGGAGCUAGAGAAGAUGAAACUCACAGUGAAGUUGGAAGAGCUUCAGGGGCAGAACCUAGCCCUGCAGAAGGGUGUAGCUGGUGAACAACCACCACAUUAUUUGCCUCAUGCUAUUCCUGAUCAAGAUGAUGAUGUGGAUCUUGAUCCAGUUCUGCCUUAUAUGGAACAAGAGGAACCCAUUGCUCUGCCUUCUACCAUGUGGAUGCCCACUCCCAAACCAGAAAUGGUUCAGGAAGUCUAUGAUGCUCUUGCCACUGCUGAGGCAGUUGCCACAGAGAUUGAACUUGCCAAUAUAAACACUGCAGAGUUUGAACUGUUAUUUUAG